AUGGUACGUUUGUGUCUUUCGAGAGCGUGGAUUGGGCAGCGAAUCAGCAAAUGGGGCACCGUCUCAUCCUCGUCUCCACAGGCGCAAACGGGGCUAUCCUUACGUUUGAACCUGUGGAGAUAUGCGGCGAAACCACCAUGCCCCGUUAGAGCCUGUGUUGCUUCGCCGUCCAAUCCCACCCUCUUUAUGACCCUAAAAGCGGCUGCAGCUGUUGGGAGGAAGAUUUUCGUUGUUGAGGCUGUUCCUCCGUUUUGGUAA